CUUGGACAUAAAUCAACAUGCUUAGGAUUGCCGACAGCGUGCUUUUGUUGUUGGCUUUUUUAGCAUUAUAUGCAGCUAAGCCAAGUGAACUACCCAAUGACAAUCAUAAUGAAAACGUUAUAACAGAUACGAAUGCUGAAUUUCUUAAGUCCUAUGCGGUCAAAAUGUUGAGCUAUAUGAAUCAGAGCGUAUCACCCUGUGAUGAUUUCUAUGAGUACGCCUGUGGCAAUUGGAAAAACGUCAAGCAGGAGCGUCACACAAUGCACAAGCGAAACAAUUUAAUGGAUCUUGUCUAUACUUUGGGAGAUGCGACGGAGAAGUUGCUAGCCGAUUCAAAGCUUGCCCAAGACUUGGGCUACGGCGAUGAGUUAAAAAUUGCACAACAGUUUUACAACGCGUGUAUCACUGCCGACCUCUAUCCGCUGCCAGCAGCCGACCCUGCUUAUCUGGCCCUUAUCAGAUCGAUUGGUGGAUUCCCCGCCGUUGACGGCGCCGCUUGGAACGCCUCCAGCUUUAGCUGGUUCAAUAUGAGCGCCCACCUUACCAAUUAUGGCGUCAAAGGCUUGAUCUUCGAGGAGAUUCUGCCCGAGUAUCCCUUCUGGCCGUAUUUUAAGCUGCCUGAGCUAGGGCUCGAUUAUAUUAUGCAUAGCGACACCAUAGCAAAAAAUACCUCCAAGGGCUAUAAGUUAAAUGAGGCACGCAUGCGUGCCUAUUUGAAGCCACAUAAUCUCCCAGAACAGAACAUUACUGAUACGAUUACAGGCAUCUUUGACUUUUGGCAUGAUGUGCUGCAUAUGUCUGAUAUUUUUGGCGAAGAUUUAGAUAAAUGCAAGGAGAUCAGUGACAACGAGACGGUGGCCCAUUUUAACCAAUGGUCCAACUACUUUGAAAUUGCUUGGCCUACAGCAGAUUUCAAUUUAACCACAUACGAAGCAUUCUGUGACUACUACUAUGCUGAGCUGGACAAGAUAUGUGAGCGACACAAGCCAGCUGUGGCCAACUAUCUGGCCAUGCGUUUUCUAUAUCAAAUGGAUGCCCAAUUGACGGAGCAGAAAUUCCAGCGCGAUCACUGCAAUCUUAAUAUUCAGUACUCCUUACAGCAUCUGUUGGAUAAGCUGUAUUAUAUGACCUACUCAACACCAGACACAAUAGAAGAUGUGUCCGCAGUUACUCAGGAAGUGCGCAAGAGCUUGCGUAUAUUGUUGGAAACCGCCAACUGGUUGGAUGCAGAGACGCGCAAGCAGGCGCUAGACAAAGAGUCUAGCAUAGAGCCGCGUAUUGGCGCCUAUAAGGACAAUGAGCUCAGCGAGAAGCUUAUACGCGCAAUGCGUAAUCUUACGGUGAAGGAAACUUAUGCGGAGAACAAUAUAGAGCUGAAACGAUUUGGCAGAUAUAUAAAGCGUUACAUUGGUCAUCACCACAAGCAACUGUCGAAUGCAACAAAGCCACUUGAGUUGCUGGUGAGCAUGCAGGUGAAUGCAUUCUAUUACGGCAUAGAUAACUCUAUUAAUGUCAUGGCUGGCAUAUUUCAUCCGCCUGCUUAUCAUCGGGCCUGGCCCAAGUCGCUGAAGUUUGGCACCAUCGGCUAUUUGGUGGGUCAUGAGCUUACGCAUGGCUUUGACACCUCGGGUUCCGAAUACGAUAGCACAGGUCGGAUGCGCAACUGGUACACCAACAAGUCGAUGAAUGAGUUUGCGCAGCGCGCCGAGUGUUAUGUGGAGCGAUAUAAUAAAUAUCAUAUACCGCAGAUAAAUCGCACAAUCAAUGGGGAACUCACCAAGGAUGAGAAUAUAGCCGAUGGUGGGGGCUUACGCGAGGCUCUUAGCUCCUAUAGACGCUACAUGAAGCAACAGCAGCAAGAGCAGGAGCAUGAGCUUAACGAGCGCAUGCCUGGUAUUGACUUAUCACCGGAACAGCUCAUAUUUAUGGGCUUUGCGCAACUGUGGUGUGCCGACUACAAGGAGGAGCAUUACUGGGAGGAUCUUACUGAUGUACACACCAUUGAUAAAUAUCGCGUGCUUGGCGCUGUUGGCAACAAUGAAGAUUUUGGGCAAGUCUUUAACUGUCCGCGUGGUAGUGCCAUGAAUACGGAGAGCGCGAAAUGCCGUAUCUGGUAGUACAAUCUGUUAAAAAUCUUCUUACUUAUUGCAAUUUACAAAAGUGUAGAAACUAGGAAUAAACAUUGUGAGAUUACAUAUGCGUUAGUGAGC